GUCUAUAGCGGGGACCCCCAGGUGACAGCCUCUCUUGUAGGUGUCACCAGCAGCUCCUGCCCUGCUGACCUCACCCAGAAGAGAGAGCUGACAGAUGCUGAGAGCCGAGCCCUGGCGAAAGAGCGCCAGAAGAAAGACAAUCACAACCUGAUUGAGAGACGGCGAAGGUUUAACAUCAACGACCGCAUCAAAGAGUUGGGGAUGCUGAUCCCCAAAGCCAACGACCUAGACGUGCGCUGGAACAAAGGGACAAUCCUGAAGGCGUCUGUGGACUACAUCAAGAGGAUGCAGAAGGACUUGCAGAGGUCACGAGACCUGGAGAAUCACUCGCGGCGUCUGGAGAUGACAAAUAAGCAACUGCUGCUCCGCAUCCAGGAGCUGGAGAUGCAGGCACGUGUCCACGGGCUGCCCACCUCCUCACCCUCGGGUGUCAACGUGGCCGAGCUGGCUCAGCAAGUGGUCAAGCAAGAAGCCAGCGGUGACGAGGGGACACUGGAGCCACUGCUGCCACCUCCAGACCCUGAAUCGCUGCCACAGCCAGCGUUGCCUCCACCACCCCAGUCUCCUUACCACCAGCUGGACUUUACCCACAGCCUGAGCUUUGAUGAUGGCUCCCGGGGCUUCCCAGACAGCCUGGAGCCCGGCCACAGCGCUUCCUUCCCAUCCUUAUCCAAGAAGGAGCUGGACUUGAUGCUGAUGCAGGACACCAUGCUGCCCCUGGCCUCCGACCCCUUGUUCUCAGCCAUGUCUCCAGAGGCUUCCAAGGCCAGCAGUCGCCGGAGCAGCUUCAGCAUGGAGGAUGCAGACAUGCUGUGACAAAAAGCUGCUCCAACGCUGGGGGCAUGGACUGGACCUUCAAGUUUGGUUAGUGAAGUUACA